AGAGAGAGAGAGAUGUUGAACGGAUGGAACCGGCUGAGAGAUUAGAGCCGCACUGUUAACAGUUACCCUGACGCGGCUUGGAUCUGUUCACACUUUGUAUUCCGUAUCAAGUCUCUAUCUCACUUGUCUUUCUUUCUUUCCUUUUUCAAUUUUAUUGGCUUUCUUUAUUGCCUGGACGUCCGUGUGUCAUUAUCGCAAGGACGCGCAGCAGCUCUUGGACGCGCGAUGCGCCGCCGUGCCACGGGCUCCGUUACAGCGCAGAUCGGUGGAUUUCUGGAUCUAUAUGGCACCAGGCUCUCAUAAAGAUUCCCGGUGACUCAGUGCGUGCUGCAGCCGCGAUCAGAGGGGGACUCACUGCAUUCUAAUAGAGGAGGAGAGAGGACUCGCCUCGGUCCUGUUACGCACACACACACACACAUACACACACACGCACACUACUGGAGCACUUUGUAUCUAUCCAUCUAUCUACAUCCACGCACUGUAUCGCGCACUGGACCUUUCCUUGGGCUUCUUUUUUUAUCUCAAGCAAGAGCGCGCGUAAAAGGAUGUAACCUGGCUUUUGAUGUUUGCUUUGAUCUUUUUUUUUUGGUGGGGGGACUGGAUAGCGCGCUGUGCGCUGGAAUAGAAAGACAGAGCGAGUGAGAGAGAGAGAGAGGGGGAAUCACAGAAAGGCUGUUCGGUCCUGGAAGCCGGAUGGACGGUUCUGAUCCAGAGCGCGCAGGCUUUCUGCAGAAUAUCAAUUAGAUGUUGAGCCGCAACGCCAUCAGAGAGCUUGUUUGACGGAGGCUUGCAAUGUCUACGGGCAUUGUCUCACCAUGAACAGACUCGUAACCCGAGGUGUGAAUUGUAAGCUCGCUGGACUGAUCAACAGGUCGCAAGCGUAAAAAAGAAAGAAAGGAAGAAAGAAAGGCGCAUCUCGGAGCCAUGGCGCUGGUGUCGACAGGAAUGCACCUCUGCUUUUAUUUCUCUUUCGUACUCCUGUGGGUGCAAGUGCUGACUCUGAAAAACUUGAACUUUACCAUCCUGGAGGAAAAGAACCAAGGUGUGAUCGGAAACAUCGCCAAAGACGCAGGACUAGAGCUGAGAGAGCAGGGCAAGAAAUCCAACUUCAGGGUGCUGGAGAAUUCAGCUCCACACCUCAUUGAUGUGGACCCUGAAAGCGGGCUGCUCUUUAUCAAGCAGAGGAUUGACAGAGAAACACUGUGCAAACGAAACCCCAAGUGCCAGCUCUCUAUGGAAGUGUUCGCCAAUGACAAAGAGAUCUACAUGAUUAAAGUAGACAUACAGGACAUAAACGACAACAUGCCCAGCUUCCCCUCUGAUCAGAUCGACAUCGAUAUUUCAGAGAACGCCGCCCCGGGCACCCGCUUUCCCCUAGCUGCUGCCUACGACCCCGACACGAAGGAGAACGGCCUUAAGACUUAUCAAAUCACACGGGAUGAUUACAGCAUAUUUUCUCUGGAUGUGAAAUCCCGGGGAGAUGGAACGAAAUUUCCUGAACUGGUCGUCCAGAGAUCUUUAGACAGAGAGGAACGCAGCCAUCACACUCUAAUUAUAACUGCCACAGAUGGAGGGGAGUAUCCGAAGACAGGUACCAUGCAAAUCAAUGUGAAAGUAAUCGAUUCGAACGACAACAGCCCUGUUUUCGAGCAGUCUUCAUAUGUCGUAGAAAUUCCUGAAAAUUCUCCACCAGGCACUCUGUUGAUAGACUUAAACGCCACUGACCCCGAUGAAGGAAGUAAUGGACAGGUCACCUAUUCUUUAAGUUUCUACGGCUCGGAUAGAAUCAAGGAAUUGUUUUCGAUAGACGCUAAAACAGGCAUCAUAAAAAUUCAAGGGAAAAUUGACUACGAGGAAAACCCAAUUAUAGAAAUUGACGUUCAGGCUAAGGAUCAAGGGCCGAAUCCUGUUCCUGGCCAUUGUAAAGUCACCGUUAAAGUGCUUGACAGGAAUGACAAUUGGCCAUCAAUAGGUAUUGUGGCGGUUCGGCAGGGGGCGGUUAGCGAAGCAGCACCCCCGGGGACUGUCAUUGCGCUGGUGAGAGUGACAGACAAGGACUCUGGUCGCAACGGGCAGCUCCAAUGUAGGAUUUUAGGCAGUGUCCCUUUUAGACUCGAGGAGAACUCUGAAAAUUUCUACACCGUAGUGACAGAUAGGCCUCUGGAUCGAGAAGUGAAGGACGAGUACAACAUUACAAUAAUGGCCAAAGACAGUGGGAACCCUCCGCUGAACGCGACAAAGUCUUUUACAGUCAAAAUACUGGACGAGAACGAUAACGCCCCACGGUUCACAAAAAUGGUCUACCUCCUUCAGGUGCCUGAAAACAACAUCCCAGGAGAAUAUCUCGGCUCAGUUCUGGCGCAUGACCCAGACUUGGGACAAAACGGCACAGUUUCUUAUUCCCUGCUUCCGUCUAACGUGAGUGAGGAAUCCAUUACAACAUACGUUAACAUCAAACCAACCGAUGGAGCCAUUUAUGCCCUGAGGAGUUUUAAUUAUGAGCAGACUAAGUAUUUUGAUUUUAAGGUCCAGGCUAAAGACUCAGGUAACCCCCAUCUGGAGAGUAACACUACGGUGCGCGUGAGUGUUCUCGAUGUCAACGACAACAUCCCGGUCAUCGUGCUGCCGCUGUUGCAGAACGAUACAGCCGAGAUCCAUGUUCCGCGCAACGUCGGAGUGGGCCACGUUAUUACGACGGUGAGAGCAGUGGACAACGACUUCGGUGAGAGCGGCCGCCUCACCUACGAGAUCUCCGACGGCAACGAGGAGCACCUGUUCGAGAUCGAUUCCGUGACGGGAGAGGUACGGACCGCUCAGCCGCUCUGGGAAGAGGUGUCUUCUGUGGUGGAGCUCAUCAUCAAAGUGACCGACCAUGGAAAGCCCACGUUGUCCGCCAUGGCCAAGCUCGUGGUCAAGGCAUAUUCGGGACCACUUCCAGAGGGCGAGCCACGCAUCAACGCCGAGCAGCACGGCUGGGACGUGUCGCUCCCAUUGAUCGUCACUCUCAGCGUCAUUUCCAUCAUGCUUCUCGCAGCCAUGAUUGCAGUCGCCGUCAAGUGCAAGCGGGAGAACAAGGAGAUCCGUACCUACAACUGCCGCAUCGCAGAGUACUCCCACCCACAGCUGGGCAAGAGCAAAAAGAAGAAGAUCAACAAGAAUGACAUCAUGCUGGUGCAGAGUGAAGUGGAGGAACGUGACACCAUGAACGUGAUGAAUGUUGUAAGCAGCCCCUCGCUGGCCACAUCGCCGAUGUACUUCGAUUAUCAGACACGCCUUCCUCUUAGCUCGCCCAGGUCCGAGGUCAUGUACCUCAAACCGACAGCCAACAACCUCAGCGUUCCCCAAGGACACGUGGGUUGCCAUACGAGUUUCACAGGGCCUGUGACGAGCACCACAGAGACUCCGGUUAACAGAAUGUCAAUAAUUCAGACCGACAACUUCCCCACCGAGCCCAAUUACAUGGGGAGCAGGCAGCAGUUUGUUCAAAGCAGUUCCACGUUUAAGGAUCCGGAGCGGGUGAGUCUGAGGGACAGCGGACACGGGGACAGUGACCAGGCCGACAGCGAUCAGGACACCAAUAAGGGCUCGUGCUGCGACAUGUCCGCCAAGGAAGCGCUGAAGAUGAAGGCAACUGGGCUCAAACCUCAACCUCUAGAACAGGAAGAGGACUGCGUGAACUGCACUGACGAGUGCCGUGUCCUGGGUCACUCAGACCGCUGCUGGAUGCCACAGUUCCCGGCACCAGGCAUGGCACAGGCUGAGGGUCUCGACUACCGCACAAACCUGUUCGUACCGGCAGGAAUGGAGGCUGUGGCAACCGAGCCAGAGAACUAUGAGGCAACGGGGAACACCAGCGGCAAGAAAACCUUCUGCACUUUUGGGAAAGAGCGACGCGAGCACUCUGUCCUGGUCGCCAACGUCAAGCCCUACCUCAAGGGAAAGCGUGCUCUCAGCCCGUUGCUCCAGGAAGUGCCCUCAGCCUCAUGCAGCCCUACCAAGGGAACCAAAGGCGUAGCAGACGGAGCCGAGGUCAAUCCCAGCACCAGCCACUACGAAGGACCCAACGGACUAUACACGUCUCCUGGAAAGCAGAGCAGAGAUCAGGGUUACUGCGCACUAGCCGCAUCGGAUCCCGUAGCCAAAGUGCUGUUGGAGGCACGCUCGCGUAUCAGCCAGGAAACGGCUAACGAGCCGGACGGAGCGCCGGAGCACGGAGGAGGAGAGCUGAGCCGAGGAGGCAUGGACGCCGAGCAGGUGGUCAGGGACAUUGAUAAACUUCUGCAGGACUGCCGAGGCAACGAGGCUACGGUGGUGAGGAAGUGAACAGACUGAUGAAAUAAAAAAAUAACGCAAAGGAGACAAAACUGUGAAAGAGGGCGAGAGUCUGUGAGAUAAGAAACACACUCAAAGAGUGAGGUGCUUGUGCAGUUUGGUAAAGUUGGACAGAAAAACUUGUCUAAAAAAAAUAAUAAUAAUGAAUAAGCCAGGUUUUCUGGACGCCAUGUUGUGUUUUUGUGGGGGAGGGGAUUCUUAGGGAACUCAGAAGUUGCUGUUUCUGGCUUCUUAGCAAGCUUUUUUUCUUCAAGUGCCCACCAGCUGUAAACUUUCUUUCUGACUCGGAACGCCACAAACCGCAAGGACACGCAAAGGAUUCUGACAAUCGAAACGUUGAACACUCCAAAUCGCGCGGUUGGCUCUGAUCGAGACCGAAAUCGAACCGCGACCUUCUCUUUUAGUUCCUCUUUUCUUUUUUUCCUGACUUUGUAAUAUCAUUGUAUGAAAUCCUGAAUAAUCUCUGAUUA